AUGGCUUCCGGCUUCGGGAACGCGGCAAACGCUGCGGCCGGGGCCGUGAACAAUGGGCCUGACCUGGAGACGAUCCAGACAGAGGCGCUCGGCUUUCUCUCCGUCGCCGGCGACGCCAAAGUGCGCCUGACCACGCCCUGGUCGUCUCUCCCAGCCCCAACCUCUUCGCUUCUCACCAUCGCGUCGCGAAAAGGCCUGGUUGCCGCCGCGGGCCCUGAUCAGGUCGUCAUCGCCAAGACUGAGUCCGUCCGGAAAGCCUUCGAGUCUCCGAAAGAUGGCGAUUCCGACAUCCGAGCUUUCGAGCCCCAGCUCGUCAUGCCCAUGCCCAUGCGCAUUUCACAAAUCGCCUUUACGGCCGAUGAGAACUUCCUCAUCCUGACGGCCGAGACCGGUGGCGGUCUUGCCGUGUACGAGGUCCAGAGCCUCUUGCAGGGCUCCUCGAGCACUGCCUUCGAGCUUGCGACCAACGGCGAGCCUCUGCGAUCGCUGAUACCGAACCCGACCCCGGACAAGGCGGAGCUGUGUGCAAUUGUCACCAACGGCGGCAACUUGCACAUGGCGAACUUGAAAGAGAGGAGGAUCAGCAGCGUCCUCAAGGGCCAAGUGAGCUGCAUCAGCUGGAGCGCAAAAGGCAAGCAGCUAUGCGCUGGCCUGGCCGAUGGCUCUAUACACCAAAUGACCCCUGAAGGAGAGGCCAAGGCAGAUAUCCCGAAGCCGCCUAGCUUGGGCAAUUGCCACGUGUCAUCGCUCACCUGGCUGGAGAACAACCUCUUCCUCGCCAUUCACACCACGACCAACGUGUCCCCACCCUCAUCUACCUACCAUAUCAUCACCCGCGAACCGCCGUCGGCCUUCAACUUCCAGAAGCUAGCCGAUCCCGUUGAGCCCUUUGGCUCGGACAAAGUACCCCAUCAUUCCAUUCUUCGACUCAGGGACUUCCCUCCGGACCUCCAAGACCUUCUCAUUGUGACCUCCACGGCGUCAACAGAGGCCGGCUUGCUGAGCCGAUCUGUGGUCCCCCUCGCCAGUGACAAGCCAGCAAGCUCCAUUACCGGUGUUUUUACCACGACAGAACUGCUUGACGACACCAAGCGGCCAACACUUCCCAUGACGGAUUCCAUGGAUGACUCUACACCCGUGGGCGUCGCACUGGAUCUUUCGAGCACAGAAAAGGUUUAUAAGCCUAUCCCUGCAGAGGAGAUCGAAGAAUCUCCAGGGCCGCUGCCGGGCUUGUGGAUCUUGACGCACGAGGGCGUACUAUGCUCGUGGUGGGUCGUCUACGAAGCUUCCAUCAAGAAGGGGACGACUUAUUCUGGGUUUGGAGCCGUGGCGGGAGCCGCGCCUGCCUCUGCACAAGCACAAGCGACACCAACGUUGGGCCAGAAGUCGUCCCCCUCCUUCGGAACCUCGCCAGCGCCUGGGUCGACGUUUGGCAAGCCAAGUCCUAUAGGGUUUGGGCAAUCCUCACAGCUGGGCAUGAGGACCUCUUCGCCUUGGGCAGCUGGGGGAGUGCCCGCCCCGGCUUUUGGCCAAGCUGGGUUCUCGAGCUUUGCUAAGAGCAGCAGCAACAACAACAACCAGCAGAAUCCAUUCGGGGCAGCAUCGGCAUCACCCUCGUCCGGGGGCUUCUCCGGGUUCGCCAAACAGGGCGGCUUCGCUUCCGUCGCGGCGGACAGUCCUGGUGGCUCGGGGGUAUUUGGGAGUGGAAGCAAACUGCCGGGCGGCUCGUUCGGAGGAGCUGACGGUUCGAAUGCACCCACCAACUCCGCCUUUGCCCCCAAGGAAGACAAGCCGUCUGGCGGUCUCUAUGGCUCUACACCAUUCAAACUAGAGUCGUCCUUCAAGCCGGACCCAUCUCAAGGCGGAAGCAACGAGCAGGCCGCUGCAACGACUGGGUCGUCGAUGUUCGGCAGCAGUUUCGGGUCUGCUCUCAAGGAUGCGGGGCAGAUGCCUCGGGCGUCUACGCCUCCUGCCAAGGACGACGACAUGGACACGGGAGAUGCUGCCACCGAGCAGACGCCGCAGGCCGCGCCGCCGUCUUUGUUUGGUCUGUCGUCGUCGCCUGCCGCCGGAACGUCGCUAUUUGGACAGCCAACCAAACUGAGUGGCUCGAGCGGGCUGUUUGGCUCUACCGGCUUCUCUGGAUUCUUUAGCCAGCAGAAUGAAACCCCAAAGCCCGCCACCGAGAGCAAAGCAGAGCCGGAAACGCCGAAGAUUAAGCAGGAAGAACGGGAUGAUCCCCUGCCGCCGGACACGACUACGAAGACCGCGGAAAAAGCAAAAGAGACUGACGAUGCCCCCCUGCCUCCCGACUUCAUCACGACUCCGAAGCCCGCAAUGCCAGAUGCGCCUUUGCCUCCUGACCCCACCAAAUCGGGGCCGCUCUCGAAACCAGACCACGCCCCGCUGCCGCUCGACGUCGUUUUGCCGAAGGCGCCAUCAGAUGAGGAGGCAUCGGCUGUUGUGUCUGGCCCUGAAGAUAGCGAAGAGGGCAGCGAUUUUGGAGAGGACAAUGCGUCAGAGGGCAGUGGCGUGGAUGUCGCAAAAGACCUGAGCCCUAGCACGAGCGGUCUGAUGCCCACGCCCGGGUUUACUCCGCACAGCGCGUAUGGCGGGCUUGGAGCAACGACUCCUGCUACCGCCAAGGCGGAGCAAGAUCGACCAAAGUCGCUCUUUGGAGAAAUCAGCCGCAAUGCGCCGCUUUUCCCUCGACCGAAUGCCACGAGCCCCCGGUCGCCGAGUCCUGUACGCGGUGCGGUGCCUCAGCGAGUGUUUAGAACGGAUGCGACAAGAUCAGUCAGCGCUCCCGGCCUAGCAUCACAAAUCUUGGGGCCCAGGAAAUCUCAGUCGGUGAUGGGGGCCCCAAUCGUCAACAAGGAAAAGCUGGCACACGCCGAGGAAUCGUUCCUCCAGCAACACCGGAAGCUGAGGGCGCGGCAGGAGGCGGAGGAGGCCCAGCCCUUGAUCGACGAGGACGACGACGAGGUCCAAAAAGUUCUGGCGUCGGAGGUUGAGGGCACGCUGGAGCUGGACGAGUUUAUCGCACAUUCGAACGUGGCGCCAGCUGCGAGGGAUAGUAUCCCUUCCCAGGUCGAAGCGGUUUAUCGCGACAUCAACUCGAUGAUUGAUACCCUAGGCCUCAACGCGCGCGCAGUCAAAGCCUUUUUGAAGGGUCACAUUGAGAGCAGCAAGGAGGGGGGCCGAAACAAGGACGACCUCGAAAUACCCGACGACUGGGUUUUGUGUGAAGUCUCUGAGCUUGGCGUUGUGCUGGACAAUGAGCUCUACAGCGACCUCGAAGACGGUCGAGUGCAGGACCUGGACAGCAAGCUCGAUGCUUGCCAAGACCUGGCGCGAGAGAUGCAGCGGCUCAGGGCCAAGCAGGAGGAUCUCAAGAGGGUAAUCAUGGCGAGACUGGAUCCCGAGCAGGUCGAGGUUGCGCGGACGCUGCCCCUUAGCGCCGAGCAAGCAGCGCAGCAAAACGAGCUGAGGCGCGAAUUCGCCAAGUUCUCGAAGCUUUUGGCGCAAGCCGAGGAGGCGGUGACGCUUCUCAAGACGAGGAUGGCGUCGGCGUCGGGUUCGUCGGGGAGAGGCAGCGCCAAUGUGCCGACGGUAGAGGCGGUGAUACGGACGAUUACAAAAAUGACAUCGAUGGCAGAGAAGCGAAGCGGAGACAUUGACGUGCUCGAGACGCACAUGCGCAAGAUGCGCCUUGGAUCAGUGAGCCGAGAAGGGUCUCCCAUGACGCCGCAAGCGAAGAAGAGCGCACUGGUUUUGUCCGAGUCAACGCCGUCGCGCACUUUCCGACACAGUCUUUCGGGGAGCGUGUCGCUCGGGCCACUGGCCAGGGCUACGCCGCCGAGAAAAAGGCUCAGCGGAUUCAGCAGGGAUGAAAAGGGAGACUUGAUGGAGAAGCGGGCACGACGUCACGCGGUCCUGGCUAAGUUCAAGAGCAGCGUGGAGAAGAAAGGCGUGCAGGUGUGGAACAUGGAGGAUAUCGAGUAG